CGGACUUGCUUUUGGAUUUGCGGAACCAGCUGGGUAGGCGAGUUGCAUGACGGUGCUCCGGUUGCUCCACGGCUUGUAGUACGACGGAGCGGUGGUCGGUUGGAGGAUGGAGUCGAGGAGAUCCGCGGUCGCGCUUGCCUCGCUUGGGAUGCCUUGCACCAGAUGUAGAUUAUGCUGACCAUUCGGGAAGACGGAGAUGUUGAAUGGCGACAGGUCAUGCAUCUGAGUCGGAGCCGCCCAGGCAGAUACGGCGCUCGAUGGAGAAGCAGUGGUGGAUGUCGAUGUUGGCGAGGAAGGGGUAGUUGAGACGAUGACGGUCACGACGGUCGGCAGUGUGAGAGUAUCCGUUGUCACCUCGGUUUCCGUUACAGUUACAGGGCUUUGCGGUGCUUCAGUGCUUGGAGUCUGGACUUCUGAGGAGGGCGGCGGAGUUGGCUCAGGAUCUGGAGGGGUGGACGGCGUGCUUGACGGUGCAUCUACGGUAGUUGGCGUGGAGUCUAGAUCGGCUGUUAUACCCGCG